CGGGCUCGAGACCCUCCUGAAAUCCCUCCCGGUGUUCGUCUACUCCGGCGCCGCGGCGGCGGCGGCGGCGGAGUGCGCCGUCUGCCUGUCGUAAUUCGAGGAGAAGGAGGCGGGGCGGACGCUGCCGAAAUGUGCGCACAGCUUUCACACCGAGUGUAUCGACAUGUGGUUCCAUUCUCACUCAACGUGUUCGCUCUGCCGCUCGCCGGUCGAGCCUCUGCCGGCGAUCGAGAUGCUGGAGCCUUCCACGUCGGCCGGCGGGCGGAAAUCGAGGGGGGAGUUGGGGAUCGAAGUGCCGGGGAGGAAUUUCGGGGAAGAGCCGUCGUCGUCGGCGGUGGCGGAGUCUCCGGCGAGUCAGGGGUUCAGGUCGCCGAUGAGCCGGAUGCUUUCGUUUAA